AUUAGAGUGUUAUACCAGACAGAUAGAAUCAGUUUAAGCUCAUUCAAAUGUGUGUGAAUGGUAAACUUUUGCAAUCAUAAUUAUACAUCUACUGCUUAUAUACUAUAAAAAUGGUAGCUUUUUAAUAACUGCGCGUAAAAUAUUUAAACUGUGAAGUAAAUAAAUCUAAACCAAAACAAUCAAUCAAUCAAUUCACGAUAAACACAUUGUGCUAUUCCCUCCCCACACAUCUUUAAUAAUGGCCAUUCAUGAUAGAGUCAUACGGAAGGAAUCAAGAAUUAGAGGUUCAGGGAAAAGGAAUAUUCAAAAUAAUAAUGAUUUCAAUAUAAAACCAAAUAAACGUAGAUCAAGUGGGAGAAGAAGUAUAAACAACUUACAAUCAGCUUUGAUAAAUCCUGAUAAUAUUGAGAAUUUACCUCGAUUAAGAAGUAAAUCAACCAGACCAACUCCAACCACAAAAUCAAUAUCAUCAUCAUCAACAGCUACCAAACCAAGUAUACCUGCUUUAGAUGCCAUUGCUCGGCCUGAUUUGCUGUAUGAGAAUGUAACACCAGCCCAUCAGAUCAAACUGUCAGUAUAUGAUGAAAUCGAAUUACCACGGAAUAAGAAUACUACUACUAAUAAUAAUGAUGAUUCUGAUGAACAAUUUGGAGAUGGGAAUUUCGAUUAUGAUGAUGAUUAUAAUAACAAUAUCAAUGAUGAUAUAUCCCUGGAUAUCACCAUGACAGUUGAUAAAGAAGAAGAAAUCAUACCGCCAACUCCUAAAUCAAAUAGAGGUCGACCUAAGAAAGUUAAAGUUGAACAUGAUCCAAAUAAAAGAAGUAAAGGUAGACCCAAGAAGAAAGUAAAAGAGAAUGACAAUGAAUUCAAUGUGUUACCUGAUGAACAUCCUACUAGAUUAUCCAUACCGAGAUCUAGCAAGCCAUUGAAAUUAAAGGAAAUCCCCAGUGAUGAUGAUUUAGAAGCAUCACUUGAAAACGAUACGGUAUUAUAUUCCGCUAAAGUUAAUUUAACUAAUCAAACUUUGAGAGGAUCAUCAAAAUUAAAAGAUUUAUUAUCGUCACAUCUGAAACUGAAGUCAAAAGUAAAGCAAGAAAGACUUGAAUCGGGAAAUUCAUUACUUGAUAAAGUAUCUAAAAUUUCAAAACUUGUCCAUCAAAGAGAUAAUGAAUUGAAUAACAGAAAGAGACAGAAAUCUUCGUCUGUGGUUAAACCAGCUACUACUAGAGCACUUCGUCCAAGAGUAAAUGUUACCACCACCGCCAAACCAUCUAUUCCGAUUCCACUUUUCAAAACAAAAAUUAAGGAAAAACAAAAACCAUUAACUAUCGAUGUGGAAAGAUUAAGAGAGGUUAAUAACAAAGAUAGAAGAGCCAAAGUAAACACCUUAGAUGUGUUGAAGUAUUUAAUAAGAGAUUUCGAACCACCAACAGUCAAUUCCACCGUGAUUAAAGAGUCCAUAUUACAACAAGACUUCAAGGCUCAUGUCUUAUCACAACUUCAAUAUUUAAGUGAUAUUUAUGGUACUAUAAAUGAUUUAACGACACGAAUAAGUCAAGUUCAAAAGCAAAAACAUGAUUUCCGAAAACGAAUCUUUGAAUUAAGACAUGAUCAUGGUGAACUUGGGAAAGAAUUGAAUGUGGUUAGAGUUAAUUAUAAUCGUGAUAAGAAAUCAAUUGAUAAUUUGAAUUUUAUAAAUGAUGAAUUAUCUCAAUUGAGUAAAGGUGGACAUGAACUUGAUGAAGAGAUUAAUGUGGAUAAUUUGGUUAAUGAUAAUAUAUUAGAGGUUAAUAAAAUCAUAAAUCCAAAUUCAGGUAUUUUUCAUAAAUUAAAACUUGUUAAUGAAAAAUUAUCUCAACUUGAUAAUUCUCUAGAUUAAUGAUUACAUAUAUACUUUAAAUAAACGAUAUAAUUAAUGACAGACUUAUAUUAAAACGCCAAUAAUACUUAUAAAAAUGUAAAUAAGUAAAAGAAAAUUAUUGAUUAAAACUGUGUAAAAAUAAAAGAACAAAAUAUAAACUAAUAAAAAUAAGACUAUGGUUGAUGUUAUAAAA